AUGACCUGUUGUAGGGAACUUUGGGUCGGCCGGCUCGUUUGCGCCGAGCUGUUGCAAGGCGUGCUGUAUCCGGAGAAACACCUCUCGCCGAUACUGUACUUGGCCGGGACCGCAGCGAGCACGCCUCUGGACACACGGCUCUAUGUGCUACAGGUCUGCAGCCAGGUGAUUCAUCCAGCGAUGACACCAGAGGAAGGCUUCCUACAGUUUCUGGACAACGUGUAUCGUCAUCGUAUUGAGCUGCCACGUCCGGCGGAUGAUGAGUUGCCACGUCCAUCUUUUGGCGAAGAACACAAGAAAGCCUGUUCGGUGACCUGCUUGAUGUCUGCAUUGCACAAGCAGCUCCCCCGAGUCUUCCAAGUUGCUUUGUUCAACUUGGCGGAGGCGAUCCUUGCGCGAGAUGCGGGGGAGUGCUCAGAUCUGAUCAAUGAGAACCAGUGGGCUGAUGGAGCGGUAGUGUUCCAGGAGCUCAAUCCUGGAAAGUUUGCCUUCUGGCGAGAGCUUCACUGGUUUCUCAUGUUCGGCCAUCCUGAGGUGCAGGAUGCAGCUGUAAGGGUCCUUCUCAUAUUGUUUUGGCAACAGAGUGUGCAGCUGGUCACGCUGAUCUGUCGGACGGAUGACUCGGGAGAUAGCCAGCUUUCAGGAAAUUACUGGCUGCUUGUUCCACUAUUGAGACUCCUGGGUCAUAACAACGAUGAAGUCGUAGCCGAUUUGCUGAAACUCUUUGCUCCUCUGGCCCGCAGCUACAGUUCUGGCGACGAAGACGAGGACUUCCAUGACCUGGAUGAGGCAAACGAGGACAGACUCAUCCGACUUGCCAGGUCGGUUGUUUCCGAAGCGAGUCGUUCGGAGAUCCUCAAGGAGGCCAUGGUCCAAGUGAGCCCAAGAUUCAUCGUCAGAGCCAUGGAUUGGCCCUGCGACGUUCGAGAUUUCGUGCUCGACGUUGUGCUAACGCGCUCAGUCAUGCAGGAGCUGACCGUGUCCCCGGAGCUUGCGGGCGAAUUCUGGGAUGUCAUGAUUCAUCUCCUUAGGGAAUGCGGGCUAGCCGGGCAGUCUUGGGUAUCGACGACGCUCAAGGAGUUGGCACGCAUUUCUGAGCGAGUGGUCUCGCAGUCCAGUGGUGAAGAUCUGCGAAUGGUGCGGAGCGUCUGCUCGCCCAAGGUCAUUGCCCCAUUGGUCUCGCACAUCGCCGCAGGCACUGUGCUGUCAGACUCUGAUGUUGCCAAAGAGAUGUCCCACGCCCUGGCCGAAGUGCCUGACUCGCUGCUGUCCUUGCUGAUCCUGCUUCCGGAGAAAGAGCAGAUAAAGCUGCUGUCCGGGACGCUGAAGGAUUUACUCCACAUCGGGGUGGAAGAGGUUGACGAACGAUUCAGGCCAGGUCACAACAAACGCACCAACGAUGCUAUCAAGACGUGGGUUGGGCGUUGCAUCCUGAUCUUCUUCUCGGCAGCGCUUCUGACCGACAUGGAAAGGCAGUACCCGAAGGACUGUCCUGUCGAGCAGAUGUCAGAUGGAUCUAGUGCCCCGGGCCCUCUUCCAAUACUUGUUCCCGGUGCGCAGCAAGUCAAGCUGACAUGCGUCAGAAAGAAGGCCAUGACCGUCGACAUCUUGAUCAGCAAGGAAAGUGCCGAGGCAUCCGUUGACCCCACGAAUCAGGCGAACUUUGUCAUCCCGACCAAAAACCUGCCAUACAGUGUGCAGAUUCCCUUCGAGACGGAAUUCGCUGUUAUCAGCCCUGGCCGUGCAUGGUGUUGUUUUGACAAGUCCUUGAGCCGCGGCGAGAACAGAGAGGAGUUCAAGAUUCGCAUUGAGCCACAGUUCAUGUUCGCGUCCAUCAAGCGCCAAGCAGUGGAAGACUUCUUCUCGGGUGGACACUUCAGGAAGCUCAUCGACACGUUGCUGCCUUCUCCACCGGACGAUCCUCACAGCAUACGCGGUGUUCCGCUGGGGGUGGUGCAGGCCGUAAAUUGGUCCUUCGGCGUGCCUCGGCCGGCUGGGCCAGAUGCAGCUGCCUUCGGAUGCCCUAGGUAUGUUGCUUGCGUUGGCUUGGCUAAGGAGAACACCAUCUACACUUUCGCUCGUGAUGCAAUUCUCGGUGGCAGGAACGAGUGGAAGAACUUGCCACUCCUGCUUGACAUGAUGAGAAGCCGGCUAGAACCGCACUGGGUGUCAACAAUGUCCAAAGUGCUGGCCGCAAUCAUCAACAGGAAGCCCGAGAGCGUCAAGUCCCCCUUCGAGUCGCUGAUCAUGUACCUGGAGCUGGCUAUGAAAAGGAGAUCUCCUGAUUCGCUGGACUAUCGCGUCCUCACGCCACUGGUCAGUGUUUACGCAGACUUCCUGGAGGCCGGGUGGAGCCCGACUUACGAGGAAAUGGAGGUUCGGCCCAAGUACGGAGCCACCAGACUGAGAGAUCCGCAAAAUGCAGGAGCCAAGAAUUCUGACCUCUGCCUUUUCGCGCUGCUGUUGGUCAACUCCUCGGACCCCUUGAUGCGUGCAGCAUGCAUCAGGGCCAUCCGCGUGAUAGGUGGUCGAACUGCUCGAAAACAACCGAUCCUCCACAUCACUCGUUUCGUCAACAUCUGCAUGCUGCCACCAGAUCCGAAGACGCAAAAGCCAUAUCAAGGUCUUCCACCACAGGGCCUAUCCAUAGCUCUACCAAGGAAGUCCUUUCAUCUGGCUCCAUUUGCAUAUUCAAUGUGGCUGUACCUGCAAGAUGAAGUGGCCCGAAGUGAAUCAGGCAGCAGGAUUUUCCACAUAAUGAGCCACGCCACGCCCGCCAGCACAGUGCCGCAAAUUCAGCUCUUUCUCGCUCCAGGUCCCGGCAAGGACUACAACAAUUGCCGAUUCGAGGUCCGUCUCGGAAACAGUCACUUCGUGCCUGACGAGGGCACGGGAGGCCUCAAGAGGCAUGCCUGGGUGCACGUUUGUUUAGUGCUGGGUCGGCGCAACAUCAUCCUUUACAUCAACGCAGAGGUGGUGAUGCAGAAGGAGACCUCAGGAAUGCAGCAAUUCUCCAACCUUCGCGGUCCGCAGCGGGGCACGUGCUAUGUUGGGAUACCGCCUCCUGAUCUCGUCCCCUACCACGCGAUGAACUGGUUCUUUCCUGGGUAUAUUUUUGAGCUGGCCUAUCACGAUGAAGGGCUCAGCGCUUCCCAAGUUGAAGUCCUUCACGCCGGAGGACGUCGCUCGCUUCCUCUGCAUCUAUCCAGCUUCGAAUCUGCUGAAGACACGGAGUCCUGCUGCAUCUAUCCUUACAUCAAAUGGAAGCCCACCCCGUUGCAUUGGUUGGUCACCAGCGACAUCUGGGAGAAACUUGAAGGGCCAAUCCUGACCUUGCUGGCCUCGAAGGACCAUCUGAUGAAUGAGACAGAAGUUGAUGAGUUUCAGCUGGAAGCAGUGCGUGCCCUGCGCAGUGCAGCAAGCCACUUGCUGGCGGCCUGCUUCGACCUGGAUGAAGUUUGCAGCCGACGGCUUCGACAGUGGGCAGUGAACUUUGCACAGGUGAAGCUGCAGGUGCCGCCGGUCAUCAAACUGCACUUGAACGACGAAUCCUUUUCCUUCGAGUUUAAGCUGCGAUUUCGACAGUACAGCAACUUGGAGGAGGGAGCCAAAGUCCAGACCAUUAUGGCAAACGUCAAUGAGAAGCGAGCCAUGGCAUCAAGUCAAGCCGAUGCUAGAGAUCAGUUCAGAAUAUGCAUCGAGAGCUUGCCGAGCACCACGAACGAUCCAGAGAAGGAAGGCAUGUAUACUGGCUCUGACUCGAAGAACUGCUGGUUCCUCACCUUUGUGUACUUUCAAAACGUUACACAACUGAAGUUGCCGCCACAGACUGGCCCUGACGGUUGGCUUCACUGCACCAUUGGUUACGUGGAUGGGAAAACGGAGCUCGCUGCUGCCUGGGACGGCGAGGAGCCACGGAUCACCAUCGAGAGCUACACCAAGGACAUGUUUCGGACAGAGGCGUAUCUGGGAUGCGAGGUGCAGAUCACAGGAAGUGUGCAGAAGAUUUGCAACCAGCUUCUUUGCGACCUUGCCUACGUUCGGGUUUGGGACAACUACGAGCCUGCAGACAAGCUCAACAAGGAGUUUGCUGACGCUGGGGCACCCAAUGCGAUGCUAGUGGCCGGUAACCAAGCGGUCUUUGUCUGCCUGAUGCCCAUCAUUCACGAGGACCGCGGGUAUAUAUUGGAUGCUGUGCCCAUGUCGGCGGAUGUUGGACCAACAGUGACAACAACUGCGGCCGCCCAAAAAUCAGGACCGAACACAAAGGUCUUUCCAUCCGUUCGAUCUCGAUACAAUGUGUCCAUGCAAUGGCCAGGAUGUCUCUUCUGCUCGCUGGACUACGUGCCGAUCUUUACGGCACCUCGUGCGAUAUCCGAUGGGCUUGUGCUGCAGGAUGGGCUGUUGCCUCACAGCUGUGCAGUUCUGCGGGCAAACGCUUCUGCCGGGAUGGCGUUGCCGGUUGGAACGGGCAGUUGGCCGUGCACGCAGCCAUGCCUAUCAGAGCGCGGCGCUUACCAGUUUCAGUGGCUGAUCCAUCAUCCUUCUUCCAUCAAUGGCUCGAUCAAGAAAGAGCAGUGUGCCGUAGGCUUGCUAUUGCAGAACGACUUCUCAGAGCUGUACCGUGCGAGCUGUGCGACCCUGGAUGUCACACUCGACACGAAGAUGGCACAGCAAACACCUGACAAGCGACUGAACGACUUGGACGAGGCCAAGGAGGCGAUUAAGAUCAGCUUGACUCGGCGAGGCUGCAUCCUAAGAAUGCAGCUGCUUUUUGCGGACUCUGCUCUGUGGAUCUCUGUGUUCGUGAACGACAGGCUCAUCGAUGCCCAAAGCCUUGUCCUCCCACCGCAGUCCAUUCUCGUUCCAUUUGUGCACAUGGGCUUGCGGGGUGCUUACAAGGGCAAGGAUUUGUGGCAAUUUGCUUAUUCAUGCCCAGAUGUCAUGAGUAAGGGCUGGCCAGAUGUUUCAGAGCGGCUUAGCCUGCUGCCAAUCUCCCACGUGACGUGGCCCAGCUUCGAGCACGGAGUCACACCUCCGGCAGUGUCAACCUCCAACUCGAUUUAUGCAGCACUGGGCCAAGAUGCAGCCUACUGCAACUUUCGGGACUUUGAAGCAGACGUGUUGCCCAAUCCAAACAACGAUGUGGUGCUCGAACGCAUCAACAUCCCCUUGCUGGAUCCGCGGGCCGAGAAGACUCGCGCACUUCUGGAAGCAAUCCUGGAGGGGGCCUUGCGAGACAAAGACCGAGGAGAAGUCCGUUUCCCAGAAGACAUGCUGCUGCUUGCGGCGAUGUGCUCAUCCGAGCAGAUAUGGAGGUUUGUGGCACGCAAGCGCAAGGAGUCGGAACUUUAUCUUGCAAUGGAGAGCCUACUCAGCAGUCAAGCGACGUUCAUGGGACUUGCAGAAGCAACAAAGCGGAAACGCUAUGCAUUGCUGGCUUUGGGGAUCUUGCUGCGCUUUCCUCAUUCCUAUGAGGCCCUGUUCGAGAUGGGCUUUUUGCAAGUGAUGGCCAGAUUUCUGUCGAGUGGCCUACCGUCAGUUCAUGAUGAAGCUUCAGACACGAGCGGGCUCACCGCACGUCUCAGCACACGAGCACUGCGUGUGGAUUCCUGGAAGAAUCGGCUGCAGGCAGCCAGGAACAUGUACUCCCUGCUUGGUACUACAUCGCAUCUUCUCCCUCCUGUGGAAGCUCCAACAUAUGUCGACACCUUCAGCGAGAUGCGCUCCGUGGUGGGGACCAGUACACAAGAGCGUUCCGAAGUCAGCUACGUGUUGCAGGAAUGCCAGGACGCAACAGCCGCCGACCUGGGCAAGUUCACAGACGCACUCCGAACCUACUCGGCUGGGACUGCAGGCUUGCGUUCACCAGGAUCUCCUGACAAUGCAUCGGUCAUCCUGAGCGUCCUGAACACAUUGACCCAUAUGAUUGGACGUGAUGAGUAUCCUACACGCGCCGCUGAGAGUGAGCACCAGGCUCAGCGGUUGAAAAUGCAUGCAUCCAGCAACAUCUACGAGUGUUGCAUUCCAGAUGCAUCAAACAUCGUGAUUACAUUCGACAACAUUCCAAUUGGGAAUGGUUCCGUCGAGAUUCUCGAAGGCGGCACUCGACGAGGCAUGUGGUCUCGCUUUUCAGAUGAUGCCGAAGUCUUCAAGCAAGAGCCCAAGUAUGCUGCAAUUGAGAUCGGCUGUGGCAUCCACCGAAGGGUGGUGCAAUGCUCGCAGCUCACUCAAGGAUGUUUGCUGUGCAUGAAAGAUGCGAUCUCGUGUUGGGGGGUCGUGUCCCAGCAUGAGGACACUUUCCAGUGGCGAUUCAAGUACGAGUCUGAGGAGAUCCUGAAUUCCGUGCAGGAUCAUGAGGACUCAGUGGAUCGCGAGAAUCGGGGGUAUCGAUUCGUGGUUCGACCUGUGUGGGACACGGACGAUGCCCAGACGAUUUUCGACCGACGCCAGCUCAUUCUGGACAAGCCAGGUUUCGUGAAGCUGCUCACCAGCUUGCAUUCGCAGGCCAAGGGCCUCGGUGCCGGUGGCGAGAAGGUGCAAAACGAGGUGGAUUUGAAAGUCGUGAUGCUGCUAUCCUUCCUUGCACAGCGAGGUACGAAGCCUCCGCAUCCAGCCAUGACCACCGAAGACCCCGUCGUGGAGAAGAUUAUUUUCCAGUGCAAGGACGAUUCGACGGUUGGUGCGGCAAUGUCGAGUGAGCAGGCAUCAACACACGUGGCUGGCAAAGAUCUAUUUCUGUACUCGCGGCGCGGAAAGACUUGCGAGACUGGGCAGGGCCGCAGUUGGGGCGCGGGCCUUGCGAGCUGCGCGUUGGUCCUGGCUUCCAGUUCCUUGAAGCAUUCUCGUUGCAAAUGCACGUCUCGACAGUUUGUGAGAAAGGAGACAGUGAAAGCUGCAAAAGGCUAUAUUCGAGUCAUUGAGAAAUUCCCCCCUCCAUGGUACCAAGCUCUGGAGGCAACGCUGAUCGGGAUUUGUGUGGCCUGCGUCUGCUUCGGUGAGACAAAUCCCGGUCAAGCACGCUUCGUGGAGUCGGAGCCCUGGUUCGGCUACAGCUCUGGCGGACUUUCCGUCGAGGACGUAAUAAAUUUGGUGUUCUGCUCUGAGCUUCUAGUGCGUGCUUGGGCUAACGACUUUCAAGCAAGCUGGUUUUUUCGUGGAAGCUCCAUAACAGACCUCGUCUCCUGUUUGCCUGUCCUUGACCGGGCCUUUGCAUUGACGCCUUCAUCGGAUCUUAGCUUGGAGCUGACUCUUUUGCGCUCCAUUCGCUUUGUCCGCAUCUUCCGGCUUUUGAAGUCAACAGCGAUUAUCGAGGACCGGCAAGGGCGGCGAGUCAGCAGUUUGGGUUUGUCGGUGGUGCGGAUCCUGGUCUCGGCCAUUGGAACGCUGUCGAUCUCGGCCGGCCUGCUGUGGAGGGUGGAGGGUCGAAAUGGCAUGAAUCCUUCGCUCAACUCCUUCGGUGAUGCCUGCUUCUACAUGCUGAAUGUUUUCACCUCUCAGGGCGCACCAUUUCCAGUUGCCAGUACGGAGGGCAGGUUUGUGACAAGCGUGGCUAUUGUCAUCGGCUUGCUAUCUUUACCGGUUCAAGUUUCAGAGCUGUUUGCAGUGCUGCGAAGCUGGAAGGCUGAAGAAGAACGGGAGGAUCGGGAAGGGGGGACGCUAGGAGAUGAUCUGCUUGAGGAAGCUCGAGAUGUACCUCAAGCCUCGUCAGUUCUGCAGCCGGUGCAACGCGAUCUUCCAACAUCCGACAAAAUCGGUGCUAGCUCAUCCGCUUUUCUUGAAAUAUCGAUCAGAGAUUUCUGCCAAGAAGCUGGACUUGGUGUGGAGGCGCUUGAGCCAAAGGUGGCGGAGUCGGAUUUGAUUGACUUCUUUACCGUGCUUGAGGAUCCUGCAACGGCAGGUCAUAUUGCAUCAGACCCAUGCGUUCGCAUCAAGCUGGCCGCUGCCCUGAUCAGAAGGAAGCGGCUUUACAAGGGGAUUAUGUUCCAGCUCCUGGAGUCCCGGCCAAACAUUGAGCGACAGUGCGGAGUUGGAGGGAAAAGGCGAGAGCUCUUGGACCGGCAGCACAUCUCGGUUGCUCGAUUCUACCACGGAAUCUCAUCAAGUGAAGAAGGGCGUCAGCACUUCGCUUACCACCAGGAGGCCAUCAUGAAGAUCGUGGACAUUGCGAACAACAACACGCAGGGUGCCUCCAAGCCCGACUGCCAGCCAGCCUCGCAUCAAGCUCUGUGCUACGAUGGUAAUUACAUCAUCCGCUGCCUGACCAACUUCUCCAACAAGCCGUCAAAGUGGGCCUUGACAACUUCUCUCAACCUGCUGCGACCAAAGCAGCAUGCUGCCGGCUGGAUGUGUGAAUUCGCUCGUGGGGAGGUCGUAUGGAGCCUUUCGCUUCAUGUCUUCCUGAUGGACGAACACCAAGCAGAUAUGCCUGCCAUUGUGUUCUACAAGGGUACAUCGCCAUCAGAGGUUCAGCUUGCUGUCGGGGUGGGCCAUGCCACGACCGUUUCGACAGAAACAAAGGUAAUUCCGGGCUGCCAUCCAAUCAUCGUGAGGUACACGCAUGAUGGUCGUUUGAAGACGCUGACAAUCCCGAGCAAGUUCGUGGAAAUCUAUCGCUGGGCCCACCUGGUGCGACUCUUGUGCAGUGUCAACAUGGCUGUGGUCAUGAACGGUGAGCUCAUCUACACUCACACUCUUCCAUGCGAGCUGAUGGUGAACUUCCAACCGGGGCAUCAGGACACCUUUCUUGGCGCCCCUCCGUGGGAGUAUGGCAGGUCAACCACUGCAUCGGCCUGGGUCUACCAGCUCAUGUUGGUGGGUGGCAGAGCCAUGGAGCCACAGCAUGCAAAAGAGGUACAGGCUCAGGAUGAGCUGAAGGCUUGGCAAGACAAUGGAACCGACAUGCAGCAUUUCGACUACAGCCGCAUCGGCCUCACUGGAUCGGACGAUCUUCCGGACCCAGUGCACUUGCCUGGCUUGCCCGUGCAAAUCUUUGAUGCCCGGUUGAAGGUGGCAUCCGAGGAGGGUAUAGAAGUGCUCUGCGACCUGCUGAAGGAUCCGCUCGAGGCGCAGAAGCAAGCCGCAGGCCAAGCCCUUCGAAAUUUGGCAGAUCCUGCCGUUGUGACCAACAUGCGAAAGGUUGUAAGCGUUCUGCUGCGGAAAUCUAUAGACCCGGAUACUGGGGCGGACGCCAAGAAGAUGGACAACGUCUGCAGCGUCAUGUUGGAGGCUCGGGAGGCGGCCACCUUUGAGGCCGUGGCCGAGUUGGCAACAAACCUCCUCACGUGGACUCCGCCUCCGGGCGAGGAGGGAAUUGAUCGAGAGGCACGCUUGGAGCUGAUCAAACACAUUGUCAAGCAGCACUCGGAUUCUGCAAUCACGGAGGCUCGUGCCCCCAUUGUGGUGCAUCAGCUGCUCAUGCUGAUCCACUUCCAAGAGAACGUUCAGUGCUUGGCGGAUCCGUCCGUCGGAGCGAUGAGCACUUUCUUCCGUUUUUUGACGUCCAACUUCACGACAGUCAUCCGCACUCAGGAUCUGCUGAUCAAAUUGCUGGCGGGGCCAUCCCUCGAAUUACGUCAACACUGGGCCGAGGAAAUUUGCCAGGGCGAGAAGUUUCAGCGGUUUAUGCAGCAGAUCAUCAGACGAAAAGAUGAUCGCCGAAUCAGCGGACAGUACCGUGUACUUAUGAACUUUGUGCUGCAGCAAUGCAAUCAGCGACGUCUUAUGUCUACGCUCUGUGCCAUCCGUGACGAUGACCUUUCAGUGGAUGAGCAAGUCUUGGUGGCUCAGGUGCUCUACAGCUGCCUUUCCAAUGUCCAGCCUUCAGUGGCCACAAAGCCCAUCCAAGCCCCGGACACACUUCGAAAGGCUCGAGCCAGCGAAACAGGUCUCGGCCAAAUCAUGAAGCUCCGGGUGCCCGGAGCGCCCGGGCUGACCAUUAAAGCGGUGCCGCAGGUUGGCCGUCAGGUUGGCUCGGGGGAAACCCGCCUGAUCGAUUGGCAGGAGGAGCCAAGAGUCGAGGACCCCAACGAGAUAAUUGUUUGGCUGGCAAAAACCGAAUCUGCACUGCAACAGCCGGUGCACAAGCGCGAGGAAUGCAGAAGGAUUUUGGCUCACACCAGGCCUUUGAAGAUGGAGUUGGCAGAAUCAGAAGCUCAGAAGGCUGAAGACAAGGCGCAUUUCAAGGAGCGCUACAAGAACGGCACGACCGAGUCCAUGGAGGUAUUUCAGUUGGACUUUCAAGAUACAAUCUACUACCAGCUGCAGUUUAUGAGCGGCAAAAGGCUUGAUCCCUUCUUGGAAAAGGAUGACAUCGAAAUGGUAUCUGACGAACCUCCGAAAGUUGUGAUACAGGGCUUGACGCAGGGCAUGGUCUCCCAAGAUACCUCCAACGACAAGAGCAAAGGCAAUACUUCCUUCGCUUUUGAGAAGAGCGCAGGCAGGAACGAAAGCAUCAUUGAGUACAUCCUGCGCUUGGUGGAAUCGAUCGAAUCACGCCUCAGGAGAGAGCUCGAAAGUGAUAAAGACCAGGUUGAUCAAGACCAGGAAGACGAGAAGCAAGACGACUCCGGCAACGCCGCAAAAGAAGAUCCAACUGGCAUUGUCAGGUUCAUGAGCAGCUUGCUGAAGUGGACCCGUGUGGCAAAAGCAACAGCGAGAAACUUGGACAGCUUGGGCGAUGGGCAAGUUGCAGCGGGUGGCCAGGACAUUGAUGCGGCGGCAACCAAAAACGAUGCAGAUCAAACAAACGUGAUCGCCAGCAUGAGCUACGUCCGAUUGAACAGCCAGCUGCGACCUAUCCAAAGAAUCUUGGCACUUGCUGUGCUUGCGGUUGCUACGAAGCAGCCACAUAAGUUCAGCGAAAGCUUGGCGCGGAUUUUGACUUUGGUUGACAGCUUGGAUCCGACGGUGGCACAGUCCAUGUGCGAUGCAGUGCUGCAGCUUCUGAACAUACCCAGAAACCUGGCGAGAUUCACCCGUGCAAAUGUGGAGAAGGUGCUUUCGUCUAUGACACAAGCCUUCUAUGUGCCGGAGAAAGCAGAGGCAUCCCUUCUAUCCUUCUGCAACAUCCUCACGAAGUGGCUGAAGCCAGAAGCGAAGGACAUCGCGGAAAGCAAGGAGCCGGCGUCAAGCAGGAUCAUCAGCCCCCUGCUGUCCAUCCUCCAGAAACCCGAGACAUCGCAAGAGCAACGAGCCUUCAUCUUCAACAUCAUCCGGCAAGGGAUCCGCUACGAGAUCGUUUCGGCCGUCUCUUUUACUUCCUCCUCAACACAGAAGAGCACAAAGAGUAAGGGCUCCGGUGCCCAGCAACUGCUCCAGGUUCUCAGACCUUUGGAGAAAUCUGUGGACAGACUCAGCGAGCUCGAGAACUUUCACGACUUGUUCCGUGAUCUCUCUGUUGCAUUCAGCUCUGCCUCCGUGCUGAAGAAGGUGUGCCUGGUGUCUCAUCCUGAAGGGCACGCAAUGCUUAUCGUGGAGGAUGUGGUUCCGAAGCUUAUGCGGGUCAUUGGAGAGAUCAAAGACUUUCUUCCUCGCUUCAAGGAUGCAACGGCCUUCAAGCUGGACACACCGUCUGUGUGCAUUGAUCCACAAACUCGCAAAGUGAUUGCAAACAAAUACCUCUUGCUGCCUUAUGUGUUCAACACGCGGCUUUUUCGCGAACUUUGCGGUGCCAUUUCUAACGUUGGCCAGUGCCUCUCGAAUCUUCAGUCUGAUCUCCUCGAGAACACAAACUGCGUGCCCAUCCUGCAGCUCUUGGCAUAUGAUCUCGGCGAUGGGCUACGCGACCUGUACAACAUGCUGAAAGAUGUUGAGGUGGACACUGGGACGCGCAACAUGUCGCUACUGGAUCACGUGGACACAGAUGUCACAAAUUUGAUCGAUGCCAUGGCCCAUAUUGUGCAUACUUGCAACCGGAAAAUGCACGCCCGCGUCGUCGAAGUCAUGUACACCCUCUUGCACUCCUGGGGGCCGCAGAUGCCAAGAAUGGAGUGCAAGAAGCAGGACGUCCUCAAGGCCAGCCAUGACUAUCGGAUCGUAAGCCACAUCCUGACCAAGAGUAGUGACGAGGGCAAUCGAUCCCAGAAAGAGACGCAGACUGUGUUCCGGGACUCCAGAAGCGAAAGGUCCUUCACUUUUUCGCUCUGGGCAAAGACUGACAAGGACGUCAAGGUGGACUUGAAGAUCGAAUGGGACUGCUUCUCAACGUCCAUGAGCCAUGCGGAGUUGGCGCGGGUGGUUAAGAGUGGAGAGGACAAGCUUCCCAUAGAGGCGUCCUUCAAGCUGCUCAGGCGUCAAGGUGAAAUGGCCUUCUAUGCCCGCUACCGCGAAGAGCGCAGCACAGAAAACUACAAAUAUCGAACGGUCCGGACAUGGGACUGGCGUGACAAAAACGAUCAGACAAUCAAAAAUAUCUUGAACCACAAGGGGUGGGCGUACUUUGCCUUCGUCGUCACCAUCAAUGAGCACAAGAUCAGGGGAGACCUUAAGAAGUCUCAAGAUCCGACCAUCCGUCUCCAAAUGAAGCAUGGAGACACAAGAGCCACAGCUGACUUGCAGAUUCUGUAUUGCAUCAAGCAGACGAAGCCUUUGCAAACAAGCCGCCUGGAAAUGACAAAGGCAGAUGAGCAAUACGAAGUGGUGUCUGAGCGCGGCGACGACGAGUAUUCUCAGGCCGCAGGCUCCACGGCUGGCACAACGGUCAUCGGCAACCUCAAUGCUUCUGAGGGAACCACGGCUUUGACGAUGAAGUCGAUGAACAUGACGACGUCCGGAGACAUGGACGCUUCUGGGGCCUCGCCGACCACGAACCUGCAGGACGCUGGCAAAAGUUUCAUGGGCAGAAGUGAAGGCAAAAGCUCCUUCUUCGGUUCUGAGACCUCUGGUGGCAGAUCGACGAGAACGGAUCUCCCAGCAAGCAAGUCCAGCAACAAGGCCAAGUGGCUGAAUCCUUUCAAUGAAGGACCUUUUGAAAAAGCGCAGCUAGAGAACUUCAUGGCCGUGAUGCUGCCCUUCGCAGUUCAUCCAGGAGCUGUCCACGGCCUGUUGCAGAUUGCCCCAUCUGAUUAUUCACCGGAGCAGCGGGCACAGGUUAUGAGCUCCAUCACCAUGCCGGAUGUCUUUCUGCAGCACAACCUGGUGCCAUUGCUGGUGCCAAUGUGCAGCGGCCACGCAAGUGAGCAACUCACCCGCUGGUCAUGCAACACACUGUACCUGAUGCUGAUGGCCUUCGUCCGUCCAGUCCCUGCUGGCCUUGCUGAAGAGAUAGAUGCUGCUAAAGCUCACAGGAAUUUUGAUGGUGUGCUGCAGCAGUUCUUGCAAACGUGCCACCUGGGUGACCCUUUGCUCAAUCUUGGCGGAGUGCGAGUGUUAAUGGACGUCUUCUGGAAGCUGUUCACUCGGCGUAAGCGCUUCAUGGACACGCCGACGUACAUGAAGUCCCUGGACUCGGAAGUUUCCACAAAGAUGGCGGCAGACAAUUUCUAUCACGUCCCCUUUAUGGAGAGCGUGGUGAGGGUGCUGACUAGUCUGUGCAUCGGCAAGGACAGUCGGGCCGUGCAGGUGACGCAAGAUCUCAUCGCCAAGGAGCUCCUGGUAACCAACGAGGCCGCGGCAUGUCGUCGCCGUCCCGAGCCCGAGUGCUACGAGAACGCAUGGGCCGAGCAGCCGUUUACGGCUGAUAGCUCGCGCGCUGGGGAGAAAGGCGACCAGGGCGAAAAGAAGACGUUGCAGCAGUUCUUCGAGGAGAAAGAUCGGUUUGUUUUAUUGACAGUUGGCACUCUUGUCUUGUUUGACCCGCAUGAUCCAGACAUCGAAGCAGCGGAGGGCGUGAAAAUUCCAAGAGUAUUGUGGAAUCAGAGCCGUGCUCAGCCACCGCGGUACGCUUGCGGCCAGCAUAGUGACGAUGUGACUCAGCAUGUGGGAGAUAACGUCUCUCUCGAACGCUCUUUCUAUUUUGCUUUGGUGAAUCUACUGGCUCAUCUUUGUGCUGACCGCAACACUGCCAACUCCGCACUGCUUUCACGACAUAUUCCAGACUCGGUCGUCAAAGCUCAACUGGUGCAGCAGGAAACUUUGAUGAACGCCGGCCUCCGAUUUGUACCACCCGGUGGGGAGCUGCUUCAGAGUGCUUUGGCUGACCCGAGUGUAGAAGCACGUGAUCUUGGUGACAUCAGCGACCUCGCAGGCCUUUGUGCUCAUACGUUCCUUCUGCUCUACGGAUUUUUGGGCCAACCGCCUUUCUCCGACGAGGAGCAUCGGAGCACUAUCAUAAAGUCAGUGUACCUUGAUGGCCGUCGGGCCGACGAUGACGACACGGUCUACGACGAAGCCGGAUCCAAUCUGGUUCUGGCUAGCCAAUCCCUUCAGUCCCUCUGCCACAUGUGCUCGUGGCAGCUUGCUUCGCUUGCCGACCUGUGUGAGAACAUGUGCAUCUUCAACAACAAGCCUAUGCCCAAACCACCUGUUGCUUUUACAGAUGCCAUGAGUACCCUCAUCAGUGCACUUAGCAAGAUGUUGAGCAAACUCAUCGGCUUGGGAUAUUUUGAGCGCUUCCGGAUGCAUCACAGCAACGCCGGGGAUCUGACGAAAGAUUUCGCCAACAUCUACAAGAUAGAUCACCUGGUUAGCAUCUUCACGCUUAUGCACAGGUUGCAAAGGACCCACCGCAGUGUCACCACGACACCCUUUGUUGCAGGCCUUGCAGAUGUUUGUCGGGUCAUAAACCAGUGCUGUGCUUUGUCUGUGAACGAAAACAUCCUGCAAUUCAUGUCUGGGUUUCUUGAGUUCCUGCCUCCAUCGGUUCGCAGAAAAGUUGGAGCAAGCGGUGUGCCCAUGAAUGAACGCGCGCCGGCGAAAAGCAUCACAGGCUUCGAAAUCGAAGAAUGCGAGAGCGUGGAGAAGGUGUUAGCAGACCUCGGAAAACCUUCUCUGCCAUGGGAGGCGGAGCACGUUGGAGUGUCAGAUGCCACACGGAAUCUGGCAGAGUUCGUCACGGUUUUGCUGGACUUCGUUUCGUUGCCUGACGCACGCCUUGCCAUCCAGGCAGUCCGCUUGCUUGCCCGAUUAUGUCGCCGACGGAAGGAUUUCCUCGAAGCCAUAGACAGACUGGAGCUGCUUGAUAUGGACGACGCCGAGAAGUUCAACUCAUUGGAAACAUGGGUGAAAGAAGCCGAUCGAGUGAUUGAUAAGAUCAACCAGCUUGAGAAAAACAUGCAUGAAGAGCAAAGCUUCGCUGACCGGGAGGGAUUGGAGCACUACUCCCAGCAGUUUGAAGCAAAUGAUUGGAACGAAGACGAUCUGCAGAGUGAGCAUGUUGAUCUCAAGGACAAAGCCGAUCGUCUGGUUGAGUAUGCGGAUAAGAAGCAAUUGCGUCAGCAAGUUGUUCGAAUGGCAGCAGCAAAUCUCCAAGGGGAUGCUCGCAUACUGAACUUUGAUUUUGAGGUGAAAAGCCUGCCAAAGCGGGAGUCUGCAACACCUGGUGAGGAUGACGAUGACGAGAAUCGGCCCUGUCCGCUCUUCGUGGGUGUUUUGAGUGCUGGCUGGCUGCCCCCGAAAGAGGAGGCGGACGUGAAGAUGAACCGCUUCAAGCCACCAAGCGAAUUCUUCGGCUGCGACGAACUUGGCCAGCUUUACAUUCGCGGUCAGGCCAUAGACGACACCUUUGGAGGCUUCUUCCAAGGGAGCUGUGUUGGUAUAGAGCUGGACUACACGGGUGUUAACCCGAAGCUCUUCAUCUAUGUCGACGGCUACAGAACCGCCUGCAUUGACAGAGAGGUGGAGGAAGGCUCUGUGCCCUGCGUCGUGUUGGGUUCCUUGCAGCAGAUCGUAAAGCUGAACCAAGGACGACCUCGCCGUGGAAAGGGCCUUCUGAUCUCACCGAAAGAUACGAAGAUUGAUGAGAACUCACUAGUGGUGGACAUCAGUUAUGAUGUUUUGGGGGACAAGUACUGCAUCAAGAGCCCUGGGGAGGAAGAGCCGACGAUGAUCUACAGUGGCUGGAACUCGUGCUUCUGCACAAGCGCUUUGGACUUCCGAACUGAGUACCUCUCCAAGCUCAAAGCAUUCAAACUGCCCAUCCAUCCCAAGAAGUCCUCCACAUGGUGCGUCAACGUUUCUCUCACCCAAGCCUUCAUCGAGUCGGCUCAAUUCGUCCGUGGGGCCCAUGUUGCAUCCCAAAAGGCAUUCAAUUCCUUCUAUAGCAAUACAACCACGCACUUGCGACGAAUGGUCGGUACAAAAUGGAAUCCUGUGCUUCGUGAAGGGUCCGACAACGAACAAGUGGACACCGGACUUGUUGCCAUAGAAAUCCAUGAGGACAUGGUCUACGGCUCCACUCGUAUAUUCGUGUGCUUUAAUGAGGAGGACCCCUCACAACUGUCUCCGGAGCAAGAUUCGGAAAUCACGCUGCGACUGCGAUUGACGCAGCUGUACCCUGUCAGGGAGGAGAAAGCUCAACUAGCGAAACUCUUCCGGCACUUCACUUCGAUUUGCAAGCAGGGCGACGGGCAUUUGCUCAAGUACCAUCGUGUGGAGCUCCUUGCCUUGCGUGUUCUCAGCUUUCUCCGGAGUUCAGCUCCACUGCGAGAUUCCAUCAUGGCCGAGAAAACCUUCAGACGGAAAGACAGCGCUUUCGACGUUGCCGUCAAGUUCUUGCAGGCCUUCACAGAGCUACUCCCAAUGUAUCGAGAGAUAUUUCUCAGACCUGACGUGUUCAAGUUCCUGGUGAAAUCUCUAGCAUACGAGGACAUGGGUGUUUCUUCCUUGCUUGUGAACAUCUACAAGGACAAUCUGGAUGCAGUUCAAAAUGUUACACCAUCCUUUGUACGGGAGAUGAUGGACGUGCUCAAGGAGAAUCUCACAGCACGUCCUAUGGUCUCCUUGGAUGCGCUCACAGUGCUCAAUGCAGUCGUUAGCUUGGGCAAAGACAAUCUAGAUGCGCGGAACAAUGGCAACAUCAUCGCCAUGGAGUUCUUGAAAGAAAACACCGUGUUCCGACUGGAAAGCCCGUUCAUUGCUAUGGCUCGUGAUGGGUUUCUGAGCGCAAAGAUCAAUCUGAAAGACAACAGGGACAGAAUCAAGGAUUACUUGGAAGCGCUGGAGGCUCGCGCACAAAAGCGGCAGGUUCUUCUGCGAGAGGGCCAGAUGAGUGCUGCUGCCGCUGACGUUCCAGAGGUCGCUGCUGCUGCAGCAGGCAGUGCGCAAACAGUGGAGGAGGAUGAGCAGGUUGCAAUGGACAUGGACCCACUAGCUGAAGUGAACAAACUGGUCUUGGGAACGAACCGAAUGUUUCCAACAACUUUUGCUCUCUCGUCGAUCGAGCUUAUGUUGAAGUGCUCAGCAUUCGGAGCCAACAGGACCGUCUUGAGGCACUUCGCCAGGGAGGUCAUCAAGUGCCAAAGACCGGAGAUGGAAGAAGGAGGUAAUGAGGACGAUGACGAAGAUCAUGAGUCGCAGUAUGGUAUGGCUCGACAAAGAUUCUUCCGCCAUGUUGUGUACUGGUUGGCAUCAGACACCGAUCAGGAAAUUCCUCUUGUGGUCCAGGAUGCGUACUUGCGCAUGGUGUGUGUGCUGCUUCAGCCUCAUGAGAUCGAGGACAUGCUCCAUGACCGCUGGGACAGCAGGUCUCAGAGACUGCGCCUGGUUCCUGAGAAGCCCACGCACAUCGUCUUACUGCUGAUUCAAUGGUUCACGCAGUAUUUGAAGCGUUUCCCGGAAUUGCAUGUUUUCAGUCCUCGCAUCUCCCCGGUGGUUGAAGCCAUCGAUGCUCGAGUUACAUACGAUCUGUCUCCAUAUUUCAUCCGGGAUCACCUGCUGCUCCUGUUGCUGCAGACGCUGACGGCCUACAACGAGCAGAACACAUGGAAAAGAUGGUUCUCGAACAAGUUUUUGACGGCAGGACCACCACCUAAAGAAGUGAUGCUUGGGGGUCCAAAUGACCAACCGCCAGGCCCCGACAAGGUCCUUCAGGAUUUUGAUUACAUGGUUACGAAUGGAUGCUUCGAAGGGCAGCCACCGAAGCCGCUGGAACCCGGUCAGGAACCAGCCGUCGAGGAAGCAAACGACGAGGAGCAGGACGGCCCCGAUCUGCUGACUCAGUUGUUUGCCGUCCUCUUCGAUCAAAGGGACUGGUGCCACCGCGAAUGGUCUCUUGACGAAGAGGUGUGCGUGGUCAUUCAGCAGAUUAUGGAUUUGGGCCUCUGCGAUGCCGAACAGCGCGAGCAAGCUAAAAUUUUGCUGCAACGAAUCGGGCCUGAGGAAGUGUCGGCGCUAGCUGACUCCAACUUGCCGCGUCCUUGGUGGCCCGACCAUGGCUCCAAGCAGGACAAAGCCGACGCUUUCGAAGAAGAGUACACCGCACCACAAGAGGAAUUGGAGAAUGUCGAUGCAGAGGCGAGGGGGAGCGACAAGUCCGACUUCCUGCAGAACUCAGGGCAGGCUGGAUCUGGAGUUGGAUUGGCAGGCAACAAGCAAGAUGAGUUCGAAGAGCUUUGGCAGGUCACCGCAACGCGUGUUGGCCGUCAUCUGAAGAUUUCAGAGCAGGACCGAGAGAUGCACUCUCGCCAUGCACAGCCCUUCAAAGCAUUGGUGGGAACCGAUCAAGCCAAGUCCAGCGAGACGGACCCGGUCCUGCCUCGAGGAUUACGAAUGCCCAUGCACACCAAACACGUGAGAGAAGAGGAGGACCUCAAGGACUUUAUGUACGAGCUAGUCGAACUAGACGAUAGCAAGCUCGCUGCCAACCUGCGAGUUGACGUGAAUCUCUGGCGACGCCAGCAGCUUGUGCAUUCCAGUUUCGAACUAGUCGGCACAGAUGAGCGAACAUGGAAUGUGCAGCAAGAUUUGCGGGACAAGAUGAGCUCGUUGGGGAUGAAGCUCUUCUUUGAAGAGAACGUGCUCAUGGAGUUGAUGAUGGAGGUACAUGUGACCAUCGAAGCUAGGGACGUCAGGGCGGCGCUGCUGCGUACAUCCGGUGAUCCUUCAAAGCCCCAAGGGCCUCAAGGGGGCGACAAGGAAAUCGACAGGGACAUCACUAUGAAUCAGGUCUUCUUUGAAGUAGAGGUUAACAACUCUGAUGUGGUCUUCCUGGAGAACUUCUCGUACACUCUCGGACGAAAGAAGCUUGUUCUGCAACUCCUGGGAGCCAACACCGUGACUAUGCGGUCCCGAUGCCUGCUGAACACGCCCGGCAUAACCAUCACUGUGGCGAAUCCUCGACUCACAGCCUUGACGAGCCCGACAAGCUUUGAUGCGGAAGUGAUACAAAAGGUAGUGAAUGUGGGGAAGCAACAGCAUGCCGUUUCCAACGAGCCUGGAGUCGAGCUGCAGGACGAACAAGCGCUGGAGUCCCUCACCGACAAGAAGGGCCUAGCCCGUAAAGUCAUCCAUCACCUGAUGCCACGUUACAGGAACAUUCUGGUCGACAUCAUCGAAGAGCAGUGUUUUGGGCUGAGCGGCGGAACAUCAGGGCUCGACCGCGUCAGGCUCUCACGGAUUUUGGAGGCUGAGCAUCAAGAUGUUGUCGCAAUGGUAAACAGGGCAUGCAGCUAUGUAAUGCUCGAACAGCUUUUGACCAAGCUGGAUAUUGAACGUGGGGACUGGGAGCUGCAGGUUCAAACGACCUUCCCAAAUCUUAUGCCUGUGUUUGAAACCCUUAGCGAGUACGCUUUCGACGAGAUAAACGACUCCGAGGUGCCGCUGGUCCUUUGUCGUGAACCUGAGGAGGAGCGAAUGGAGACUUUGCGCUCAUGGAUCCUGCGUAUUUGUCAUGUCAUUCGGACUGUGGCAUUCACCAACCAAUCUCGCCUGAGUUUCGCGAAUGAUGGUGGACAGACCAGUGCGGGCGAGAUGGAGGAGGAGAACAUCUUCGAAAAGCUCUUCGAUGACACAGGGGAGAUGCUGCUGGCGCGGGCAUGCUGCGCUUCCUUGCUCAACAUACUACAGGAAAUCUUCACACGUCAAGACGACAUCGAGGAAAUCUGGGAGAGGUGGACACCAGCCCAGCAGACAAGUCAUCAGUUUCUGAAGUCGUUUGUUGUGGAGAAGGCAAUGUUCUUCUGUCCCUUCAGCGUUGCAACCGACAUGAAGAAAAAGGUUCGUCUGAGGCUGACACGCUUCUUCGAGGAUGCACAGGUUGAGCCUACAGACCCGCUGCGGUUGGUUCCAGAGAUGCUUUACCAUCCUGAUGUUUGGCUGCGCCUUGAAGCUCUCAAAUUGGGUUGCAAACUUCUGGAGGAUGCUGAUCUGAACCUCCAAGCGGCUUUCUGCAAGUUUGAUUCGCCACAGCUAAACCUUCAGAAGGCACUUGCCUACCAGUUCAGCAGCUUCCAUCAUCACGAGCAGCAUGGGGACGACGAGACCAGGGUCAUGGACGUCAUGCUCAGGAAGAUCCAGAAUUUAUGCGAAGGUCACAAUUCCAAGCUCCAGGCUUUCGUCGGUGAAGAUCUGUCGAUUGAGGACAAGGACUUUGCAACGCUUUUGGCGGAAUAUCUUCAGAGGAACGAAGACGACGAUGAUGACGAUCAAGAUCGCAGCAUGGAAGGGCCGACCAAUCUUGUUGAGUGGAUUUGCACGCUCGCUCGGCAAACCAUUGAGCAAAUGAAGUCCGACCAACAAUGGCAGGUGUCAAUGAGCGGAUCAGAGACAAAGUAUUCCAUGCUCAAGCAGCUGUUUGAUACAGCUGCUGAAAUUGUGCAAGGUCCUGACCGUGGAAAUCAAAAGUUGCUGCUGGAAAGUGAAAUCCUGUUGGACGUGAAUCAGCUCUGGAUCCGCCAACGCACAGAUGAGUUUACCUUCCGCGCACUGCUCCAAGACAACGAGGAUUUGUUCGAGUCCUUUAUGAAGCUGCUGCGUUCCAUGCGUAACUGUGAAAUCUCCGUCUUGAAGUUUCUUAUGUCUCUGCUCGAAGAAGAAGAGCUUGAUCCCGAAGAUCCCAACUACAGGCAGACUUCCGAGGAAGUCGUGGAACACAAGGGAUCCACAAUUCGACGCAUGGUGGAGGAACUGAGCCCCAAGAUUAUUUGCGACAAGGUCAUCACUCACUGGAACCUCUCGCCGGAGGUUCACGACCCUGCCAACAUGAUCAAGCCAGUUCAGGAUGCUGACGAAGUGGUGGAGAAUGACACAGCUGAGGCGGUCAUCCGAACAAAGGGUGAGAAGGAGUCCACAGACUACACUCUUGCGGAACAGGAGGAGCACUGCCUGGAGAUUUGCUUCCUUUGCUGGGCGCUCUUCGAAGGAAUCCAGCAGGCUCCAGAGUUUGGCAACAGGAGCUUCUUUGCAGGAACUUUGGACCACAAGAUGAAGAAUCCUGUUCUCCACACCCGCAACCAGUGGGCCACUUCGAAAACAAAGAUCUACGACACCUUCACGGAAGGCGUCAGCAAGAUGCAUCACAGCAAGUACCUUCACUUUCUCUUCGGCCGAGUUGAAAUCCAGCGAGGGCAGAGAUUGCAGAAAUUGUUCUUCCUUGUGCCAGCAGCUAUCCGAACGUUGAAGGGUCAAUCGCUAAUCAAGGAUUGGCAGGAAGGCUGCAUCAAUACCGUCGACCGAAGCGGUCCGGAAGCAAAGUUGCAGGAUUUCUCGGAGCAAGUUUGGGACGAGUACAUUGGCUUCGUGGAGCAUCAGUACAACCUUUCUCAGAAGCCCUUCCCACUGAAUGCAUCAGGAGAGGUGAUGGCUGCGGCCCGCAGCAUCAUUGUGCUGCUUACCAUCAUCAUAACAGGCAGUGUUGCUCUGGUCUAUGACGGCUCCUAUUCCAAAGAGCACCGCAUGGGAGAGUACGACGUGCACUAUGCCAAGGAUUGGUAUGUCUGGGUUCUGACUGGCUUGAGCACUGCGCAUUUCAUUUGCGCUGUGCUGCUGGUUCUCUUCCACGUUGUAGCAUAUUCACAGUGGAAAAUCGACACCGGCAUGGACCAGUGGAAGGAGGAGAAUCCACAUUCGCAUCACAGGCUCAACGGAAUCUUUGGCGCCAUACUGAUGCUGUGGUUCUUCCUCCAGGACUCUGGACUGGUGAACAAGCUGUUCUUGGCCGGUAUCUCCUUCUUGGGUCUGCACUUCGAUUUUUUGAUUUUCUCCGUCCACCUCAUGUACGUGUGCGCACAGGUCGAGACGCUCGGCAAGGUUUUCGAGGCUCUCUGGAUCACCAAGGAUCAGGUCGUAGGAACUGCUGUGCUGGGUUUCUGCGUCCAGUACUGUUUCUUGGUCCUCGGCUUCCUGACUUUCUCCAAGGGCUACGGCUUUGCGGACAUGGACACAUCUGAGUGCUCCUCGUUGAUGGAGUGCCUGCUCGCUCACCUGGACUAUGGAUUUCGUUCAGGGCCUGUCUGGUCUACAGCGGAGCUGACAUGGUGGAAGUUCGCCUUUGACUACUUGUACAAUCUCGUCGUAAUUCUGAUCUUGGCGGCCAUCAUUUCCGGCAUCAUCAUUGACACGUUUGCCAACAUGCGAGCUGAUCUGUCCGAGAAGAACGAUGAUCAGGAGAACAACUGCUUCAUCUGCGGCAUCAACCGAUCGCAGAUGGAACGGCAAAUGGUCAAGUUCGAGCACCAUGUCUUUCAGGAGCACUACAUGUGGAGUUAUGCUCGCUUCCUGAUGUAUCUCAAGCAGGCGAAGGAUUCAGACUUGAACGGUCCAGAGUCCUUUGUCAAGGCCAAGGUGACGAGACAGGACUACACCUUCUACCCAGUCAAUCGAGCUUUGACGCUGGAUUCCGAUGAUGCAGAGGACUACACGGAGCGACAGGUUCGCAUCAAGGAUUUGGAGGAGAUGCGCGGUUCUGUGCGUCAGUGCACAGAGACCUCUCAGCACAUCCUGCAACUGAAGCGAGAACUGAAGACGGUCAUGAAGGAAUCCAACGAGGCAGUUGCCGACAUGCAGAUGCGACUUCAGCUUUUGACCGGAGAUGUGCACAAGAAGGUUCAAGAAGCAAUGCUUCAAAAAGCUGCUCAGCAAGCUGCAGGAGACAAGUAA